AUGCCUCAUACAAAGCAGACUGCAGGCAAAUCCACCAGUUGUAAAGCAUCCAGGAAACUACUGGCUAGAAAAGGCGCUCACAAGAGUGCGCCCUCUACUGGAAGGGUGAAGAAACCUCAUCAUUACAGGCCUGGUACUGUGGCACUCCAUGAAAUCAGACACUAUCAGAAGUCUACUGAAUUUCUGAUUCGCAAGCUCCCCUUUCAGCGUCUGGUGAGAGAAAUUGCUCGAGACUUCAAAACAGAUCUGCUCUGUGCUUCCAGAGUGCAGGAGGCAAGUGAGGCCUAUCUGGCUAGCCUCUUUGAAGAUACCAACCUGUGUGCUAUCAAUGCCAAACGUUUAACAAUUAUGCCAAAAGAUACCCAGCUAGCAUGCUGCAAACGCGAAGAAUGUGCUUAA